AUCUUACUUUUGUUUAGUUGGUCAGCAGAGUGGUCUUAUUUUUAUUUAACAUAUUUACAGCAUUGAUGUGUUGUACUGUCACAAAUUAAGAGGGUGUGUCUACAUAGUUUUGUUACUCGUCUUGCUAAGCUAGGUUAGCGUUAGCUAUAUCUAGUUAUAAAUGGUUGCUGUUUGGAGAGGAAAACAAACCAUCGCUACCAUAUGUAAAAAGUGAAGAAAUCCAGCCUUACACCAGUGAUCAUCUACAAAACAAGAGCAGAGAUGAUGGCAGAGGAAACCACCAAACUUUGCACCAAUUGCCAACAUGACAUUCCAGAGGCCAACUUUACUACACAUGAGAUCCACUGUAGGCGGAAUAUCGCACUGUGUGAUGUGUGCCAGGAGCCUGUUCCCCGCACCGAGCUGCUGCAACAUAAGGAGCAGGAACAUUCACAGGAACAAUGCAAAUGUGGUUUGAAGAUUGAAAAAAGGCUUAUGCAGAACCAUCAGAGCUCAGAAUGCAGCCAGCGCCUGAUUCCAUGCCAAUACUGCGAUCUGGAGCUGGCCUUCUGUCAGGCCCGAGAGCAUGAGGAGUACUGUGGCACGCGCACUGAGCCCUGUCCCAUCUGCAAGUGCAACAUCAUGCUGAGGGAAAAAGUUAUCCACCCGGCCCUGUGUGGGAACCUCACUCCUCCUCAGGAAAGGAGGACCGGUCCUCAGGUUCCUGGAGCUUGGUUUGAGACGCAGCCCAUCCACAACCUGUUGAGGGCUCAGGAAAGGAGCAAUAACAACAGCGGCCCUGGAUUGACAGAGCGCAGAGGCCCACCAAGGCCACUAGAGAGCAGACUGCACAACAGCACCAGAGCAGUGGGACGUGGAGCCAGGAGAAACGAUGCUCCAAGAAACAAUGAGUUUGCUCGCUUACUGGAUCAGGAGUCUGAACUGGAGACCAACAACAACAGCCUGCUGUGGCCACUAAACCGGCUGACAGACUCCGACUCCUCCGGUUUGGACUACCUACUGGCUCUGAGUCUGCAGAGCGAUGGAGAGCCAGAGGAGCCAGAAGCUCUGCAGGGACUGUGGACAGACGUCUGGGACCAACGUUUAGGCAGAGCACCUGACACAAGCACCUUCAUGUCCCAGAUCUCCUCUGUCAAUAACAACACUACUCAUGGCAGUGCUGCUCCCACAAGUGCUAACACAGCCUCAGAGAUUAUGCUUCCCUGUGAGUUCUGUGAAGAGCUCUUUCCAGAAGAGGACCUCAUUCUACACCAGACGGGUUGCAGCCCAGCCUCUGCCAUCGCCUCCUUCAGUAAACAGCCACCGUCGCUGCUCCCUGAAGAUGCUUUCACAGAGGAUGACAUCAUUAUUCCCCGAACACCCAGCCCUUCCAAUCUGCCUCACUCCGUCUCCCCACUCUCAUACAGCCCACCUGCUAGCCCACUAGAUGGUGAUGUGCUCAUUCCCUGCGAGUUCUGUGGAGUUGCUCUGGAGGAAAAUGUUGUAUUUCACCAUCAGGAUAAGUGUGACCUCCGUCCUGCCAAGGCUUUCCAAACUGAUGGAGGGUCACCAUCUCCAUGGAACUCGCUUCACCCUCCUAAAGAGAACUGUGGCCGGAGUCUUCCUGAGAGACAGAGGAGAGUUAAACACCAGGCUGAUCCUGUUGACCAACUCCCCGUGCCAUCUCUGCCUGGUUGGCAAAGCGACAAGACGGAUUCUGAUCCAUGGAAAUCUCCUGCCCUUAUGUAUCUUUCCUCCUCCGGAAAGAACACCAAUGCAGAGCUGCAGGGGCGGAGCAAGGGUCAGCGGGGUAGAGACAUGGAAAGCUGUUUCUCCCACACAGUUCCUUUUAGUGACGGCCACAAGGCCAGUGCUGCAGGGGCUUCUGGAGAGAGGGCAGAGGGUCGACACACCCGAAAAAAUUCAGGGGGGGCAAAGAUUCCAAAGAAGCAGAACAUUGAAAAGGAGGAGGAGGAGGAGGAGUAGAAGUGAUCCAGGUGAAUCCUCUUGGAGAAGGAAUACCCCAAAUCAGUUAAUGUUGAAAUGCAGUUUUUGUGUAUGUCUGUGGGGCAAAGAGUGUGCAUUUAUGUCUCCAGUGUUAAAAAUAACACAUUCUUGGCUUCUUAUUUACUUGCUUUUGUUGCACUACAUUUUUUUCUCUUUUUUCUUGUACAAUGUACAAUAUUUUUAUACUUGUAGCUCUUUUAAUAUUUUAUAAUUAAUCAUGACUGAAAGGAUGAUCUAGCUUUAUAUUUCCUUCAACUCUAUCAAAAUACAUUCUGUUCCUGAUCCUUCUUACCAUAUAUGAAACAACACUACAUGAUCAACUAUGUAGAAACCCCUUUUAACUGCUGGAUUUCUCAAUUUUACCCAUAUGCAUUGCUACCAGGCACUUAAAAAUCAGGACCACUAUAGAAAGUCAUUGUUUAUUCAGAAACGUCAGCCUUAAACGCAGGAUUACACUCAGAAAUGAGUGCCAAUCAAUCCCAGUGACAGGAGGCAAAAUUUAAACCCAGAUUCCUAUUUGGCACCCAAACUUCUUAUUGGCAACUUUCAAAUUUGUAAUAUUCUACAACAACAUUAGCCAUUAAGCAAGACAUUACAAAAUGAGGCUGCCUAGUGCUGAAGUUCAUAGCCCUAUCCACAGUUGCAACACUGACUGGAGUGGGUAAAGCACAAGGUAGCAGUGAAAACACAUUUCUGUUUGGCCAGUAGACCAGUACCAUUUAGUGUACCUGGUGCCAGUUUGGUGUAGGUGGAGUAAUAGUCUGUGGCUGAUUUUAAUGGGUAUGCCAGGUGCUUAGGUGAAGGAAAAACCUAUUGUUGUUGCAAAUAUUGACUAAUUAUGAUGAAUAAUAAUUCUAAAGAACUAAGUGUUUCCAUUUUUGUAGCAAUGAAUACCCUUAUUCACCUAUCAGGCAAAAAUAAAUGGCUAUCCAGGUAUGGUUUGGGAGAACUUGACGGAUUUGCACAGAACCCCUAUCCAUUAGGACACUAAUGAAUACGGCCUGGCUUGCAGUCGGUGUUGACCCCAUUAGUGGACUUGUGGUAGAAUUAAAGCAAAUUAUGCACCAAAAUAAAAUGGACAGCCCAUGGCAGAAAAGUGGGACCAACUUUAUAUUAGUUAACAUGGUUUGGAAUGUUAUUUUCUGGUGCUGGGCCUCCAGAAACCGUUUGUCAUUAAAUGUGUUGGGGUUUUAAAAGAUCAAUCCAAAUUGAGGCUUGUGUAAUCUUUUGAUAUUUGUUUUGAAAUGCUUUAUAAUAUUAUUAAAUAUUCUCCAUCCUA